CCAUCCAUCAAGUAUAAAACCUGCUUAUGACGUUGGAUGUGUUGUCCCUGCACUCUUGAGCACCGUCAUGGAGCAUUCCAGGAGUCUGGUUGGUGUUUUGCUGGUGAUUGUGGGACUUUUGACCGGUGACGCUGCAGCCCAGCACUGGCUGGGGGCUUGGAACAGCAACAACAUCAUCAUGCCACCUGCAUUGGUGCCGCAGAAGCAGGCGGUGGUCCCUCGUGAUGACAAAUGCAAUGUGGAGCACGACGAGAUGAUCCAGUGUGGCAGCCCUGACAUCACCAGAGAGCAAUGUGAAGUCAUCAACUGUUGUCACAAUGGACAGCAGUGCUACUAUGGCAAAGCAGUGAUUGUGCAGUGUACAAGAGAUGGCCAAUUUGUCGUGGUGGUGGCUCGUGACGCCACGUUGCCCACGGUGGAUGUGACGUCGGUCAGCCUGUUGGAAAUGAACGAUCCCACUUGCAGUGCGGUCGACACCACCCCGGCGUUUGCCAUCUUCCAGUUCUCCAUGACCCUGUGUGGCACGACGGUCAAGGAGGAAGACGGCUUUGUGGUAUACGAAAACCACAUGUCGUCAUCGUAUGAAGUGGGAAUUGGACCCCGCGGUACCAUCACCAGGGACAGUCAUUUUGAGUUGCUGUUCCAGUGUAGGUAUUCAAGCACGGGUGUGGAAGCGUUGGUCAUGGAGGUCAACGACCUUCCUUCACCUAUGCCAGUGGCUGCCGGCGGACCCCUCAGGGUGGAGCUCAGACUGGGCAAUGGCGAGUGUUUCUCAAAGGGUUGCGUUGAAGAAGAGGCGGCGUACAACUCCUUCUACACUCCAGCAGACUACCCAGUCACCAAAAUUCUGAAGCAACCGGUGUAUGUUGAGGUCCGCAUCCUUGACAGGUCUGAUCCCAACAUCGUUUUGAAUUUGGAGCACUGCUGGGCCACCACCACUCCCAAUCCUAACGACGUCCCUCAGUGGGAUCUUCUGGUUGAUGGAUGUCCCUUCAGUGACGAUCGCUACCAGACCAUUGUGGUGCCCGUGCAGGAGUCCUCCACAAUACAGUACCCAACACACUACAAGCGUUUCAUCUUCAAGAUGUUCGCCUUUGUGGAGCCAAACUACUUCAGUCCCCAGAGGGACAGGAUUUUCAUCCACUGCAACACGGCAGUGUGCCAUCCCAGCAGCACAAACUCCUGUGACCAAUCGUGCCUUCACAAACCUCGUAAACCGGUGAGUGCAGCCCACAGGUCUCCAAGCCAUGAUGUGGUUUCUAGCAGCCAGGUGAUCAUGGCCCCAAUGAGGGGCCGCUCUCCUGGGCCUCUGAAAAAAUGGAAAUGACCACCUACCCAAAACCGAUCAUGACUUUUAAUAAAGGCUUGUUAUAAAGCG